GUGAUCCGUCCUAGUGUCUGCCUGUAGCAAGAUGGCGGCGGUCUCAAUGUCAGUGGCGCUGAGGCAAGCGUUGUGGGGGAGAAGGGUAGCGACUGUAGCUGCCGUUUCCGUUUCCAAGGUUUCGACCAGGUCGUUGAGCACUUCCACAUGGAGGCUGGCACAGGACCAAACUCGAGACACGCAGCUCAUAACAGUUGAUGAAAAAUUGGAUAUUACUACUUUAACUGGUGUUCCAGAAGAGCAUAUCAAAACUAGAAAAGCCAGGAUCUUUGUUCCUGCUCGCAAUAACAUGCAGUCUGGAGUAAACAACACAAAGAAAUGGAAGAUGGAGUUUGAUACCAGAGAGAGAUGGGAAAAUCCUUUGAUGGGUUGGGCGUCAACGGCUGAUCCCUUAUCCAACCUGGUUCUGACUUUUAGUACUAAAGAAGAUGCAAUUGCCUUUGCAGAAAAAAAUGGAUGGAGCUAUGAUGUUGAGGAGAGAAAGGUUCCAAAACCUAAGUCCAAGUCUUAUGGCGCAAACUUUUCUUGGAAUAAAAGAACAAGAGUAUCCACAAAAUAGGUUGGCAUGGACUGUAUCUCUGUGCUUGACUGUGAAUAAAGUCAGCUGUGCAGUAUUUAUAGUCUGUGUAUAAUACACCUCUUAAUCUCCUAAUAAAUUUGACCUUUAAACUACAGAAA